AUGGAGUGGAGAGCGGGAGCAUCGGGUGGAAGCCAAGAAAUCAAUCGGCGGCCCUUUCGGUUCUCCAUUGAUCGAGGAGGUACCUUCACAGAUGUGUACGCAGAGGUGCCAGGGGCAAAGGGCUUCCGCGUCCUCAAGCUUCUCUCGGAGGACCCACAAAACUACCCGGACGCGCCUCGAGAGGGGGUGAGGCGCAUCCUUGAGGAAGAGACGGGGGUGGCACACCCCCGCGACGAGCCCCUUGACACGUCCCGCAUCGAAUACAUCCGGAUGGGCACGACGGUCGCGACCAACGCGCUGCUCGAGAGGCAGGGAGAGCCGUGCGCCCUGGUCAUCACCAAGGGUUUCCGCGAUUUGCUCUACAUCGGGAACCAGUCCCGCCCGAACAUCUUCGACCUCGAGAUCCGGCGGCCGGAGCUGCUUUACAAGGCCGUCGUCGAGGUGGACGAGAGGGUCAUCCUGGACAAGAACGCGGUGGUGGUGCAGGGCGUGACCGGGGAGGGCGUGAGGGUCGUCAAGGAGCCCGACCUGGCGGCCGUGCGUGGCAGCCUCCAGGCCGUGCUGGACCAGGGCAUCACCAGCCUUGCCGUCGUGUUUCUGCACAGCUACACGUUCGCGGACCACGAGCGGCGCGUGGGCAAGCUCGCCGGAGAGAUGGGGUUCACGCACGUGUCGCUUUCGUCGGAGGUGAUGCCCAUGGUCAAGGCGGUGCCGAGGGGCUUCACCACCGCCGCCGACGCCUACCUGACCCCGGUCAUCGCCCGCUACGUGGCCUCCUUCCGCUCGGGCUUCGACCGGGGUUUCGACGACGUCAAGACCCUCUUCAUGCAGAGCGACGGCGGCCUGACGCCCGUGGCCAGCUUCCGCGGCAGCCGGGCCAUCCUCUCCGGCCCGGCCGGCGGUGUCGUGGGCUACGCCGCGACCAGCUACGGCGACGACGAUGCAACCGGCGGCGGCGGCGGCGGCGGCAGGGAGGAGAAGCCGGCCGUGAUCGGCUUCGACAUGGGCGGCACGUCUACCGACGUGUCGCGGUUCGCCGGGGUGUUCGAGCACGUGUUCGAGACCGUGACGGCAGGGGUGACGCUGCAGUCCCCACAGCUGGACAUCAACACCGUCGCCGCCGGCGGAGGAUCUCGCCUCUUCUUUCGCAGCGGCCUUUUCGCCGUCGGACCGCAGAGCGCCGGCGCACACCCUGGACCGGUGUGUUACCGCAAGUCUGGCCACUUGGCCGUGACCGACGCCAACGUGUUCCUCGGACGCGUGAUCCCGCGCUACUUCCCCAAGAUAUUCGGGCCCGGGGAGGACGAGCCUCUCGACGCCGAGGGACCCCGGUUGGCCUUCGAAGAGAUGGCCAAGCAGGUCAACGCUCUCGCCGCGGCGACGGCGUCUCAGACCGGAGCAUCACCCCCCGCCGCCAAGACCGCGGACGACGUCGCCUACGGUUUCAUCAGGGUGGCCAACGAGGCCAUGUGUCGGCCCAUCAGAAACCUCACCACCAUGAAGGUGUGGGAGAAGGUGCGCGUCCUCGAAGAGUCCGCCCGGUCUGACCUGGCGAAGCAGGGCUUCGGGCCCGAAGACGUGCGGUGCCAGGCGUACCUGAACCUCCGCUUCCAGGGGACCGACACGGCCCUCAUGACACCCGCGUCGCCCCCUCCGCACAAGGCGCCCGAGCCCGGCGGCAGUGGGAGCGGCGGCGAAGGGGAGGACGACGCGCUGCAGUCGUUCUUCGGGCAGUACAGGAGGGAGUUCGGCUUCGUUCUGGAGGGACGGGCCGUCGUCGUCGACGAUGUCCGGGUCCGCGCGGUCGGCCGCAGCCCGCCGGCACACCGCCCAAGGGUGGAAGCGGCCCCGCCGGGGCAAGAGUCCAGCCCGGUGCCCGUGGACCACGCGUCGUGCUACUGGGAAGGGCUGGGCAGGGUCGAGACGGCGGUGCACAGGCUCGCCGAGCUCAAGGCCGGGCACAGGGUGGAGGGCCCCGCGAUCCUGAUCCAAGACGUGUCUACCGUAGUGGUCGAGCCCGGCUGCACCGCUACCGUUUCGCCGUUCGGGGAUGUUGCCAUUGACGUCGGAGACGUCGCCGCCGAGGGGGACGAUGGCGGUGGCGGUGGCGGCGGUGGCGGCGGCGGCGGCGGCGGCGGCGGCGGCGGCGGGCGAAAGCGCGCGAAGCGGGAGCUCGAUCCAGUGUACCUGUCGAUCUUCGCGCACCGCUUCAUGGGCAUCGCGGAGCAGAUGGGACGCACGCUGCAGCGCACCUCGAUCAGCGUGAACAUCAAGGAGCGACUCGACUUCUCGUGCGCCGUGUUCGACUCGACCGGCGGCCUCGUUGCAAACGCUCCUCAUCUCCCCGUGCACCUCGGCGCCAUGCAGGAGGCGGUCAGGUACCAAGUGCGGCACUGGGGGUCCAACCUCAAGGCGGGCGAUGUGCUCCUCUCCAACCACCCGCAGCUCGCCGGGGGCAGCCACCUGCCGGACAUGACGGUCAUCACGCCGGUCUUCAUGGAAGGCCAGGGGGACGGCACGGGACCGGCGUUCUUCGUUGCAUCCAGGGGUCACCACGCCGACGUCGGCGGCAUUGCCCCGGGGUCCAUGCCGCCGCUCUCCAAGACCUUGGAAGAGGAGGGCGCGGCGAUCGUGGCCUUCAAGCUGGUGACGAUGGGGGUGUUCGACGAGAAAGGCGUGUCGGACCUGCUGCACGCGCCCGGGGAGUGGGGGGACCCUGCCUGCAGCGGCACGAGAAACCUGCAGGACAACCUCAGCGAUCUCAGGGCGCAGGUGGCAGCGAACACCCGCGGCGUGGCCCUCCUUCAAGGGCUGGUUUCCGAGUACGGCAUCGACGUCGUCUCCGCAUACAUGGGCCACAUACAGGAUAACGCAGAGGCAGCCGUGCGGCACAUGCUCGUGGACUUCUCGCUGCAGAUGGGUCUUGGCGAGGUGGGCACGGUGAAUGCCGAGGACUUCAUGGACGACGGCACGCCCAUACGCCUCGCUGUCACGGUCGAUCGCACCAUGCGCUCCGCUCUCUUCGACUUCGAGGGAACGGGCGCGGAGGUCCUCGGCAACCUCAACGCCCCGCCCGCCGUGACGGCGUCUGCCGUGAUCUACGCCCUCCGCUGCCUGCUCCCCGGGGACGCCGCCGACGUCCCCCUCAACCAGAUUAGCGACAGGGGAUGCCUUGCGCCCGUCGAGAUCCGCAUCCCGGAGGGGUGUCUCCUGAACCCUUCUCCGACGGCAGCGGUGGUGGGCGGCAACGUGCUCACCUCCCAGCGCGUCACCGACGUGAUCCUCAAGUGCUUCCGGGCGUGCGCGGCCAGCCAGGGAUGCAUGAACAACCUCACCUUCGGGGACGAGGCCAUGGGGUAUUACGAAACCAUCGCGGGUGGGGCGGGCGCAGGCCCAACCUGGUCCGGGUGCAGUGGAGUACACACCCACAUGACCAACACUCGCAUCACUGACCCAGAGAUACUGGAACGGAGGUACCCGGUAAUCCUCAACUCUUUCGGCCUGCGGCGAGGCUCCGGCGGCGGCGGCGCCAGGCGCGGCGGCGAUGGCGUCUCCCGCUCGAUGACCAUCCGGAAGCCGCUCACCGUCAGCGUGUUGUCGGAGAGGCGCUCUUUCCGUCCGUGGGGGUUGGCGGGAGGGCAGCCGGCGGAGCGGGGGCUCAACUUCCUGCGUUUCCGCGGCGGUGGCGGAGGCAACAGCGGGCGUUCGGUCAGCCUGGGCGGCAAGAACACCGUCAAGGUCAACGCGGGCGACCGCCUCACCAUCCUCACCCCGGGGGGCGGGGGACACGGCACCCCCCCUUCUCCGCUCUCGAUGGAGGUGGACGGCGGCGGUGUCGGCGUCGGCGUCGGUACCGGGGACUUGGAAGACCCCGACCGGAAGUCCAGGCGGGAGGCCGAGAUGCGUCUCGGGGGAAGCGUUUCGGGGCACCGUCUGGGGCAGGAGCAGGCCUAAAGCGCGUUUGGUCGUCCUCCCAUCAGUGGCAGGAGCAGGCCUAAAGUGGUUGUACCAUACUACAGCUUACGUACCGCACUUUGGUCGUCCUCCGAUCAGUGGCAGGACCAGGCCUGAAGCGGUAUGUAACCGACACUCUAUGUACCGCAAGGACGGUCGUCCUUCCAUCAGGCUGGCCGGCCUGCUGAUUCUUCGCCUCAAGAGGUCGUUCGCUU